AUGCCAAGCUCUUCUCCAGCAGUGAGAAUUGUCGAGGUAGGACCCCGCGAUGGUCUGCAAAACAUCUCCACCCCAAUAUCCACGGCGACCAAGCUGGAAUUAAUUCAUCGACUGGAGAAGGCUGGUCUGCAAACCAUCGAACUGACUUCCGUCGUCUCACCACGAAGAAUUCCUCAGCUUGCGGACUGUCGCGAUCUGCUUCAACAUUCCUCGGUCCAAGACUUGGCGAAGGAUCCCAAAUUGCGUCUACCGGUGUUAGUACCGAACCUCAAGGGCCUGGAAAUCGCCCGUUCGUCAGGUGUCAAGGAUAUUGCCGUCUUCAUCAGUGCCGCGGAGGGUUUCAGUCGAGCGAACAUCAACUGCACGGUGGAACAAGGGCUCGAGAGAGCUAAGGAGGUGGCAUUUCAAGCCAUCAAGGCUGGGUUAGCGGUUCGGGGCUACGUAUCCUGCAUCUUUGCCGACCCAUACGAUGGCCCAACUCCUCCAGCUGCUGUGCUGCGCUGCGUACGGGCCCUACUCGACGCGGGUUGCUACGAGGUCAGCCUGGGUGACACGCUCGGGGUGGGUUCACCAGCGAGUGUCCGCAGCCUGGUCCAAUAUUUAACCGACGCAGGCGUCCCCGUCAGCAGCUUAGCAGGACACUUUCAUGAUACAUACGGCCAAGCGGUGGCCAACGUAUGGGAGGCCUAUACAUGCGGAGUCCGCGUUUUCGACAGCAGCGUCGCUGGCCUCGGAGGCUGUCCUUUUGCGCCCGGCGCGAAAGGGAACGUUGCCACAGAAGACGUGGCCUACAUGUUCCAGGAUGCCGGAGUUGAGACCGGCAUUGACCUCUCCAGUUUAGUGGAAACGGGAGUCUGGAUCUCCAAACAAAUUUUAGGGGCGAACUCGAGCCGAGCAGGUGUCGCCCUGGCCGGCAAGGCCGCCAGGACUGCACGUCCGACAAAGUUCCCCGCAUUGCAAUGGACUUUGGCCAUUGAUGCGGAUGGUAUCCAGCUUUAUCGGAACGGAGUAAACCUGAAAGUCGUGCUGAACCGAUCACGGAAUGGCAAUGCAUUGACCGCUGCGAUGAUCGCACAGCUCACAUCGCUCGUGGCUAGCGCCAGUUCUGAUCCAGCUGUGUCACGCAUUAUCAUUACCGGUAGCGGGAGGUUCUUCUGCACAGGAAUGGAUCUUGGGAAGGGAAGCACCCCUGUGGCGCAAGGGGGCUCCAGCAGCGAGGCGCAAUUCAAGCGCUUGACCGAGCUGUUUGAUGUGAUUGAUAGGUGUCCGAAAGUGACCAUUGCCUGUCUGAACGGGCCAGCCUUUGGCGGUGGUGUUGGACUAGCCUUUGCUUGUGACAUUCGACUCUGUGCAAGGUCUGCUACAGUGACCCUGAGCGAAGGCAAACUGGGACUUUGUCCCGCGACCAUCUCCAAAUAUGUGAUCCGUGAGUGGGGGGUUGCAUUUGCCCGAGAGGCGAUGCUUUCGGCUCGGCCGGUGAAGGCUGAGCAGCUGCAUUCCCUCGGACUUGUAGCAGAGAUCGCAGAGAAUGCGGAAGACUUGCACCAGCGGCUGGACGCAUUGUUGGUGCGCUUGCGACAGGUCUCGCCUGGUGCUUCCCGCAUGUCGAAGGAGCUGGUGAAAUUGGCUUGGGCCCACGCAGGCAAGGAGCAACAAGCAGAGGGGAUCAAGUCUCUCUUCUAUGAAAUGAUGCGGCCAGAUGGGGAUGGCGCUCACGGGGUGCGCGAGUUCCAGUCAGGAAGGAAGGUGGAUUGGGAUGCAUACAUUCAGAAGGCAACCAAGGCAAAAUUGUAA